GCGGCUGCGGUCUGUCCUCUCUGUUUCCUCACCGCUUUAUAUCGUCUUUCCACCAGCUCACCGAAAGGCUACCUCGUUUGCUUCGACUCAAAAUGAGCAGCCUUCCCACCCAAGUCAUCUUAACGAUCUGAAACGCAGCAAACGAACACACACCGGCUCUGGCAGAGACGCAUGAGAGAGACCAAGAUCAUGGUUCAGCUGUCACCAUCUCGGACUAUAGAGACAUUAACUCCGUCGGAGUUGACUAUGGAGAAGGAAGAUGACCAGGGCAGCCUUAAAUCCGAGUCCCCUCGAGUGCUUACCGCCCUCCAGCUCGCUUUUAACCCCACCACCACGACCACCUAUUACGGCUACGAGAAAUACAUUGAGGACGGCCUCAUCUGCCUCAAGCACAAGAUCCGCAACAUUGAGAAAAAGAAGCUGAAACUGGAAAGCUACAGUGAGAGGCUGAAGAAGGGGGACAAACUAAAUCCAGACCAACAGGAAGCUGUGGGGAAGUACGAUGAGGUGAUCCACAAUCUUAAAUUUGCCAAAGAGCUCCAGAAGACCAUUGGUGCCCUCACACAAGAUUUAUUGAAGGCUCAGCGGAAAACUGCUCGACAAGAGAAGUUGAUGAGGAUUGAAGAAGAGAGGAAACGUCUUAGCUUGAUGCUCCAGGUGCAAUACAUCCUCCACAGUCUGCAGAGAGAGGACGUCCGGAGGAACUUCUGCAACGCAAGACAACAUUCCUGUUACCUGUCCACACAGGACAUUGAGUGCUUGCUGGAUCUGGCCUCAUUAUUGGGAUGCAAAAGAAACCAUAGGAUGAGUUUAGAGGAUCAGAUGGAACAGGCUGCUAUUGUUUACGGGGAGCUUCUGGAAGGAAAAGAAAGACCAGUUGCUGGCUCGACAUAUAAGCACAUGAAGGAAAAGCUACUUCGGCUAGUGGACUGUGGCUUUUUUGAUCACAUACCACUUCCUAAAGUUGACAGUCAAGAGAAGACUGAGACCCUAAAGGCGGACCCUCCAUCUAGGCCUUGUGGCCUCUCCACACUGGUGAAGCUGAGCUCAAAAGGAGUGCCUUCCAAAGAGUUUCUUAACAGACAAUACCUACCUGAAACGGACGUCACUGAGCGCAGACAGGAUGAGAACACGUCGCCCCAUAGUUGGAAGGAGGAGUUUUUAGCCAUGAAGGAAAGGGAGCCACCAGACUCAUGGGAAAUGGAGUUUUCUGAGGCUCCUGCGUCCUCUCAGUCCCCCACACAGAAGCCAUGGAAAGGGGCAGCAGGAUUGAUUCCUAAGACUGCAGACAUUGCGAAGAGGCCUACGGUUGACCCAAAGGAGAAAUGUCAAAGAAAGAGCAAGGAGGAGCAGGACUCUAAACCGAUGCCUGUCGCAGUGGAAGUCUUUGGCUCUCCAUCUCCAUUACCAAAAGACCCUGUUCAGCGCAAACAGCAGUUGGAGUCUCUGAUGGACCAGAUCUCAGGAUCCUUCAGCUUCAUGCAGGAGUCUCUUCUGGAUGGAGAAAUGUCACCCGUAAACAGUCAAACAAAGAGAUGCCGUCCAUCUCCAGGCUCCUCUACUCCUCUUGGUGCAGCACAGAGGAAAUUAACGAAAAGCCCAUCAGAUAUUCUGCCUCAAUCCCAGCAGAGCACUCCAUUACGGAUUCUGCUGUCUGGAGAGGCUAAAGGCUGUCUGUCGAAUGGAGACCGUUCUAUAAAUGGCUCUGACCUUGAUCUACACCACGAAGAGAAGCCACAUAAACAAGGUGAGGGCUUCACCUCUCCUCCACUGUACUGCAGGGGAUCCUCCAUCUCAGUCCCAUUAGAAAACCAGAGCACUGUACAGGCAGGAAAGCAAAUGUUAUGCAAUGGAGUAUCAACUGUGUCUGCACAGACAUUUUCCACCCCACCUAGUCACAGAUCCAUCAGUGCAGAAAACGCCUUCCACAACAUUCACUCUGUGUUUAAUGUGGCAUCUUUGCCCAUCAGUGAGAGCUCAGGGUUGAAGUCAGAUGAGAGUGGUUUCUCGGAGUCCAUGCAUCUGAGUUACACAUCAGCCAAAACCCCGAAUUACUCCACCGCCAGCACCCAGACACCUCCUGAGCUCAACCUACCUGAAGAUGACCUACAGAUUGAAGGCCAGUACCAGCUGGAGUGUCCAGUCAGUGGAGGUGGUCACGUGUUUUCUGGCCCUCAGCCACAGUCUCGUCUGGGUCAGUCGUGCUACCCCCGUGGUACAGCGAGAGGUAUGACGCGUGCAGGCAGGGGUUUGGGUCACUCAUACAGAUCACCUGGUGGCUACAGAGGUGGUUAUGAGGCAUACAGAGUGAAUAUGCAUUCUCCAGGAGGAGGCUUCAUAUCCCAGACCCACACCACACACAGAGACCCUGGAUCUGCCCUUUAUGUGUCCAGAGAAAACGGGUAUCUCCAGAGCUUCAAACGAGGUGGAGGCACAGCAACUCAAAGGAGCAAUGCCGGUUGGAGUGACUCCUCUCAGGUGAGCAGCCCGGACCGGGAGGGUGCGUAUCCCCUCGACUCAGGAAUCAGUGACACACUCUCCAUCCCGCCAAUGGAAGUGCCCAUCACGCCCCAGGGCCCGCACACUCUGAUGCCCGUACACGUGUACCCGCUCACCCAACUCCGUGUGGCCUUCUCCGCCGCCCGCACUGCAAACUUCGCCCCCGGCACUCUGGAUCAGCCAAUCUCUUUCGACCUGCUGCACACCAACCUUGGCGAAAUGUUUGAUACGACCACCGGCCGUUUCACCUGUCCCGCUGCCGGUGCUUACGUUUUCAUCUUCCACAUCCUGAAGCUGGCCAUCAGUGUACCCCUGUACAUCAACCUCAUGCGCAACGAAGAGGUGAUGGUGUCUGCUUAUGCCAACGAUGGCGCUCCCGACCACGAGACCGGGAGCAAUCAUGCUGUCCUCCAGCUGUUCCAGGGCGACCAAGUGUGGCUGCGACUGCACCGUGGAGCCAUCUAUGGCAGUAGCUGGAAGUACAGCACCUUUUCUGGUUUCCUGCUGUACCAGGACUGAACAUCCAUCUCUAAAUGGGCACAAAAAGGGAGAAUGGGGCAUUUUGGAUGUUUUUUGAAAGUUACUCUGCACUUUAUUGCGCUUUCGGUUAUGCAUGGUGCAAUUGCAUGUUAGAAAGAUCAUGUUCAAUAGUAUAAAGUCAGUGUUAAAGCUAAUGUAAGCUGUUUGCUGGUGAAAGUUUACAAAGGUUUUUCUGGGUUCUUUUUAUUUAUUAUUAUUAUUAUUAUUAUUAUUAUUAUUAUUAUUAUUAUUAUUAUUAUCAUCAGUACAUUUAAAAUAUUUCUUUUUUUUUUUGUUUUUUUUGUGAGUUGAGCGCAUUUACUGUGUACUUGGAUACUCAUAACCCAAAGUAGCGGCAUUUAGUUUGCACUAAAUUGAAAUCCUAACAUUCAGAAGCAUCUUCUGGUGUCUGUUUAAUGGCCCUGUUGCUCAUCAGCUCAUUUUACAUGAGAUUGAGAGGUUUUCCAGCCAUGCAGGAGUUUGCAAAAUGGUGCUUUUCGUUUUUUUUUUUUUUUUGGGUCGCUGAAUACAUGCAUCGCUUUUCAAGAAUGGAAGAUUUAUUUUCUGGUAAUACUUGACAUGUUGAGCACUUUAAAAAAGGGACUUGGUGGCCUUUUUGGGGUGUAUGUGUGUUAAUUUGUGCAUUUGUCUGUGAAAUAUACUGUGAGUGGUGAUCACUUGAACACGGACUCUUGCUGAGAAGGUGUUUAGGCCAAAAUUGCUCCCUCUUGUGCCUGAAAUAAAAAUGUGCAGUUAA